AUGGGUGAAGCCGGACUUGAAGCGCCAAGGCUCCAGCGAAAAGCAGCCCUAGGCCGCACGCAACCCCGUUCGGCGAGUUGCUACUGGCUGCUAAGCGAGACUCUGUGGGCGAACGCCGCAACACUCGAAAUUCGCGAUCCAGCAGUCCAGAGCGACUUGUGCGUUUCGGACGACUUUGACAACCCCGACUCUUCGACAACAAAUUCCCAUCACCGCCCUCCCGGAGAAGCCUUCGCCAUGGCCGAUAUCGAUGUCAAGAUUGCUCAAUGGAAGCUUGUUGAGGUUGGCCGUGUUCUGCUGAUCCGCAGCGGUCCUUUCACCGGCAAGCUUGCUGCCAUUGUCGAGAUCAUCGACCACAAGCGUGUCCUGGUUGACGGUCCUUCCACCGAGGAGAACAAGAUCGUUCCCCGUCACGCCCUCCCUCUCGCUCACGCCACUCUCACCCCCUUCGUCAUUCCCAAACUCCCCCGCGCUGCCGGCACUGGCCCCGUGAAGAAGCUCUGGGAGAAGAACGAGAUCGAUGGAAAGUGGGCUAAGAGCACCAUUGCGCAGAAGACUGAGCGCGCUGAGCGGAGGAAGAACUUGACCGACUUCGAGCGCUUCAAGGUCCUCAGACUCAGAAAGCAGGCUCGCUACGAGGUCCAGAAGGCUCACGCUAAGGUCAGGGCUGCUGCUCCUAAGUCAUAG